AUGCCGGGGCUUAUCAGCUUGGACUGGGAGUGGUUUCCUUACCAAACGUCCAACGAAGAACCCCUCACACCCACUACCUACAAGGGUCUCCGUCAGAUGAUAAUAAACUCGACGACAAACAUCAGAUAUUUCAUGUAUUCCUACGCAUCAGGAAUCCGUUUUGCUGAGGUCCUUCGACAGAACCCAUCGAUCGAGAUUCUUGGAGUCCACAACGAGCGAGACAGUGCAGACGACGACCUGAUUCUCGAUCUCAACCCCAUAUUCCAACCAAACGAGAACUGGGAGCGCGUUGCAGCGAGGCCCUACAGCCUUCUCGAGCUACCUCGUCCACCUCCUCUGAUCUUCUAUCUCAACAAACAGAGCACGGACCAUCACUACCCGGACAAUCGGUGCCAUGGUUUGGACAUCAAACCAUCGCUUUUUUCUGAAGGGAGCAAAAUCCAACUCGUGUUCAUACCCGGUGUGUACGCUCACCGCCGGGAAAGGCUGGGGAUGAUUGAACGAGUCGCGAGCUACUUGGACGAGCAUGGGUCGUUUGACGGAACGAAGGAUUGGCGAGGGGACGUUGCAACGGUAUCGGCCCUCAGAGACAGUGUAUACGCGUGCCUAACAUCCGCGUUGACAGUAUUCUCUCGGUCCCCCUACUUUGAGAAGUUCUCGGCAGAUCCAUGGGCAUGCGGAACGGGGCAGAAUCCCAAUCCCCCAGAGAUGAAGCUAGGGGUUGAACGAAGCAUGAAGAUCACGCAGGAAUGGGGAAGGAUAUGUUCCAAUCUGAGAUGUGUACAGGUCGACCUUGGAAAAGAGUUUGUGCGCCCUAGCACGGGGGAAGAGUGGAUAAUGAUUAUCUUUGAAACGGUGAGAAUACGCGGCGCACUUCCGGACGUGAUGUCAGGCUUAAUUGGCUGCUAUCCCCUUUGCGACGAGCUCUUGGGCCGUCUCCGUCCUGGACCGACAGUUAGGGACGUACCGAGUUCGAGGUGA